UUAUGGGUGCCGCAUGAUUCAUUGACCUAUUUUUCAUUUAGAAAAUAAUAACGUUCUCAAGAAGACGAUAUUUUAAAGACAUUGAUGGAGAGGCUGCCUUUGAUUGUCUUCCUUACUUCACAUUUGUUUAUAUCUGGAGUGUUGUCAAUGAGUAUACUUACCAUAGAGAACAAAUGCAAUAACACAGUUUGGCCGGUAAUGUUCUCAUGGCAGUCACAGGUCUCCACCACCGGCUUCGCUCUUAAAAGCGGGGAAGCUCGUGCCCUACUCGCACCGUCUUCCUGGUACGGUCUUAUCUCCGCUAGGACGCUGUGCUCCACAAGCUCAACAGGAAAAUUCUCUUGCCUCACAGGAGACUGUGAAUCUGGAAAAAUCGAGUGUCCUGGUAAAUACGAUUGGUCUCCAGUGACAUAUGCCUACUUUAACAUUGAUAAAGGCGGAAUCGACAGCUACUUCAUCAGUGUCGAGCACGGUUACAACCUUCCGUUAAUGAUCGUCCCGUCGUCACAGAAUAGCCGGACGUGUAUCAGCUCAGGUUGUGUGGUUGACUUGAACAAGACUUGUCCAAAUGAUCAAAAGACACUGGUCGGGGGAAAACCAAUCGCGUGCACUAGCGUGUGUCAAGAAUCCAAGACAGAUGAGAACUGUUGCACCGGUGACUUUAAGUCAAAGCGAAAAUGCAAGCCGACAGUUUACACGCAGAACUUCGAGCGCGCUUGCCCAUCCGCGUAUAGCUACGUCUACGAGGAUAGUAACAGCACCUUAUGCCCUAACUCAACUGACUUCACCAUCACGUUUUGCCCAUCCUCCAAUAUUCCAGAAAACACCAGGUAAAUUCCCGUAAAUAUCCCUCUCCCUUCCUUUUAUUUUCUAGUAUAUAUUUUGCUGGAGUUGAUUUCGUCAAACAUCACAUAAUUCCAAUUUUCGAUUUUAGAGCUUACCUUAACCCAUACGAGUUGGAUCAAGUCUCUAAUAAUCAAUCAUAUUUACUUAGAAUAAAAGUUACAUGUAGUGACCAAGACCUAAGCCCUGCCAAUACUAAUUUCAUAUCUACAAUUUCCAACAUCUGGAACCAAUGAAUGCAUAAUUACAAAAUUAUUUUUACACACACGGAGUAUGCUGAAAGCUAAUACUGUAUAUGUCAUUAUUUCAUUUGCUUGGAGAAGCAACAACAUAAGCUCCAUGGCUCCAUUAGCAGGACCAAACCAUAACUCUUUACAGAAGUUAAAACCAAUUCUUGGUACGACCUUCACUGCAACCACGUC